UCUCGAGAAAAAUGUCGCAUUUCGGAAGAGCAGGUCCUCCUGACAUCAGAGACACCUAUUCGCUCCUCGUUCUCAACAUCACUUUCCGUACUACUGCUGAUGAUCUGUUCCCUCUUUUUGAUAAGUAUGGAAAGGUUGUUGAUGUUUUCAUCCCCCGAGAUCGUAGGACUGGGGAUUCUCGGGGGUUUGCCUUUGUGCGGUAUAAGUAUGCUGAUGAAGCCCAGAAGGCAGUGGAAAAACUUGAUGGAAGGGUUGUUGAUGGGAGAGAGAUGAUGGUUCAAUUUGCCAAGUAUGGGCCAAAUGCUGAACGAAUUCAUAAGGGAAGAAUACUGGAACCGGUGGAGAAGCUGAAGAGGAUGUCAAGGAGUCGAAGUCCUAGGCCAAGGUACAGAGAUGAAUACAGGGACAGAGACUACAGGAGGAGAAGCCGUAGCAGAAGCAGGGAUAGGUACGAUCGUGAUAGGCAUCGAGGAAGGGACAGGGAUCGCUACCAUAGUAGGAGUCGCAGUAGAAGUCCUGAUUAUGGCAAAGAGCGUAGGAGAGGAAGAUAUGACUAUGAGAAAAGCCGAAGUCGGUCUCCUGACAGAAGUGGUUCUCCGACGCAUCAUAGCAGCCGUCCUCGAGGGAGCGUAUCUCCACAUCAAACACCUUCUAGGAGCAGAAGUCCUGUAGCUCUCGAUGACAAAGAACGCUCACCUCCUCCAAGAAGUGUUUCCCCCCGUCGUAGAGCUGAUUCACGAACCCCUUCUCCAGUGCCUUCGAAUGCUGAUGAACAAAUGUGAACCAAGUAUUUGAUGUUGCAUCUGCUGGCUUUUGUAGGAGAGGAACAAUGCUGAGUUUCUAUUUUAUGAUCAAUUGGAUGAACUCUAGGACCUCAUUGCCUCAGGCAUAUUAAGGUCAAACUCUUUGUGAUGUAUCUCUUGACUUUUAUUUUGGUGGUUUGCACUCAGAUUUUCUUGUUUAUGCCAUAUCAACCGUUUUCCAGCUAUUCAGGAACAUUAUGUUUGAGCUUUCCUUUUAACAAAGGAACUCC